UGGAAAGGGAUGCGGGGAGCAGAGGGGAGUAAAGGGAAUUUCCAUUGUAUGAGUAGACAUUAAUCUAGACACAUUUCUCAGUGGCAAAAUAUUCCAUGAAGAUUGUCAUUGGCUGUGUUAGCAUGUAAUGCUAACUCAUGAUUUGUUUAAGCCACUGUAUGUCCAACAAAUAACAAAUUGUCUCACAGAUGGGCAAACAUGGCUUAUUUCUUCAAUGAUUGGUUUGUUUUCCAGCUGUUCUUGUCUCAUGCCUCAAUAGCUUAGUGAGUGGGGUGGUCGUACAAACUAUGGCUAAGCAAGGAUUCAGACAUAACAUCCAAGCAUAGUCAAUAGGCAAGCUUCUUAAGCCAACAAUAAACCAUGGUUUUACAUCACACUUUGUUGCGAGAAAACAAACAAUAGUCAGCCUGCUGAUCUAGGUUUGGACAUUCAAACAAACCACACUUUGGCUAAAUGAACCAUGGUUUAGCAUUAUGUAUAAACUAGCCAUUGUACAGCUGGCAAUUUACCUUUUUAUUUCAUAAUGGUGUCAUUCAUUAGCAAGAUCAAGAGUGAAAUCUGCUUGCUUCCUAGCCCUAUAGCAGUCACAGAGAAAACUUCUACUGAUGCUUAUCCACAGGCAACUACAAUAGUAGCAAAGGUCACUGCCUAGGACUGCUCAUUACUUCAUCUAGUUUACUGAAGGAACCAGAGAAUUUAUGCUUUAAGAAUUGGCCUGCACAAGUGCUUUUUAAAACUAUUUUUUUGUUUUUCAAUAGUUGCCGUUACUUCGUUUAUCUUUCUGUUUUACAGUACUUUACUUUUUAAAAACCCUGUAGGCUGACCAUGUUACUGGAUGAAACUGAGAGAACUGUUCAGUAAAUUGUUCACAUUUAUACACACUUUACCCAACAUUAAAAAUGAUAACAAUUACCAUUUUGUAAGUUAAUUGGGUUGGUGGGGGAAAAAUAGGUUAACUUGUUUUUACAAUUUGCAAAAUGUCAAACCUGCUUUUUGUUCUAAUGAAGUUGAUUUCAAAAUACAUGACAAUUAUUUGACAAUAUCAGCCCAGUCAGAUGUCUAGUCCUAUGCAUGACUGAUGCAGUCUUGCGAUACAGUAAGAAACAUAAAGUAAGCACUAUGAUCCAAAACUUUGCUUUAUUUGAAAUAAAACUGAAAAGAUAAUGUACCUGCAGCUCAACACCGUUAUAUUAAACUAUAGCAAGAAACAUGAACAGACAAUUAGCCAAUUGAACAACACAACCUUUCUCAAACUAUUUACAUAGAAAGUUCUAUUUUGUUGGUGACAGAAAAAGCAUAAAAAUUUAACAACAAAGGAAAAUCACCAUCUUUUCUGUUUGUAUAUUUCAACACACAGAGCUGGUGCAGAGACUCAACUUGGAAGACUCUCUCAACAUGGCAACAUUCAACAAUAGCCGUUGGAAUGAAACUACAUCCCUCUACCAAUAUCUUGGUUUUCAAGUGCAGAAGAUUUACCCUUUCCAUGACAACUGGAACACUGCCUGCUUUGUCAUUUUGAUCAUAUUUAUAUUUACUGUAAUAUGUUUGGUGGUGCUAGCUUUCUUAUAUGAGCUGCUUGACUGCUGCUGCUGUGUGAAAAACAAAACUAUGAAAGACUUGGAGAAUGAACCAAACCCUGUUAGAUCUAUGAUGGACAGCUUCAGGAAACGUGAAACAGAAGUGGUGUAGCAAUGGACUGUUUUGCUAGCACCUGCAGCAAAACCUAUGUUUAAUAUUAUUAUAAUAAAGCUGCUUGCAACUUUUGACCAAGCAAGUCAGAUUCUGCUUAGCCUUAAAUAUCAUUAUUAGCACCAUUUUUUGUUCACUGGUGGAUAGAAACUUGAAGAGUUUACAAAAUGCUUAAUACUGGAUGAUCAAUCACAGUGUUAUGUGAAAAUGGAUUUUAUGUAAAAAUGAUUUCUUCGUUGUUUUACAAUGGAAACCUGUUGACUAGAUGGGAGUAAAAUUUUGUUCAUCU